CUCGCUCAAACGAGGGCUCUUUAUAUCGGGCUUCUCGGUUUGAUUUUAACACUCUUUACUCACGUCUUAUGCUCGAGGAGGUCUACUCCACCGACACGGCCUCGAGUUUAACACAUAACUUUGAAUCAUCUUCCCCUAAUCGAGUCGCUGCUUCGUCAGGCUCCCAAGAACUACGGGCGUUGCCAAACUUGUCGCCGAAAGCAGAAACACUUUUUCGCGGACGACCCUCUCAUAUCAGCGACAGUCUGAGCCCCCAGAAGACACGGCCUAAGCAUUUCACUUCCAUUACGGCUUCGCAUGCCUCCUUGGCGACUGAGAAUAAUAAUCGUUGCAUGGACGCCCAGGUUGUCAGACAGAAGGCCAACACAACCAGUUGCUUGAUGUCCGGCUCUUCACCGAAACAGGCUCGAGCUGCUCACACGUCUCGCUGGCCAGGCAGGCUUGCUUCUACACAGGCCGUUCAAGGAGUAUGGCCUUCUACGCCCGAACUCGAGAUGCUUAAUCGAAAAUCCAGGUCGUCUACUUCGGGUUCCUUCUUCGACGCCGGUCGAGGCCAGCUUCCCGAACAGGUGUGGGACAAGUACGCACACGUCUUCAAUCCAACAAUUGGGCAGAUACUUUAUGUCAAGGUUAGACUGGAUUUCUUUUAUUCGUUUUUCUACAUCCUAUUGAACGUUACUAACUGCAGUAGUUCAUCUGCUUUGUAA